GCGGUAGUACUAGUUGGUCUCCGCUCACUGAAUGGUAUAUUUUGUAAAUCAAAGUCCAGUCAUGUCUCACAAUAAUGUGUUGUGACGGGCGAGGAAUACUGGGGUGUCGGAGUGUCACUGUGCCCCGGGUGUGAGUCAGGAGCUACGCAGUAAUUAUAGACGCCUGUGUUUUAUGAGGUAUCAGCAGCCAGCAGGUCCUAUAGCACUCGUUCUCACACAAUCUGUAAGUGGUUGUGAGGCAGAAGUAAGGUAUCUGUAAUAGGGUGAUAAGAUUACAGCCUUUAAGUCUCGUCCAGUAUUAUGUCGUCACCUGUGGAAAGUCAAGGUCCUGUAAGUUUAUGCCCAGAUUACUGUAUGAAGUAGCUGGUGUGAGCAUUAACCCGAGGCUGGCUGAGAGACCAAGGUGGGCCACCAGCUGAGCACUAGUCCACCUUCAGUAGUACCACCAACAGCAGCAGGAGCAGCAGGGGCAGGAGCGGGCUGACGGAGAGAGAGACACAAGAGGUGAGUCUAACGGGGUGGUGCACUGACUCACUGGCGUUAUCAUGGCGGGGCGCAGUAGUAGUGGAGCGCCAGCUUGGUGUACACUCUCCCCCUCGCUCCCUCCCUCCCGGGACACUCUACCUGCUGUAGGUGGUGAAGGUCGUGGAUGUGCAGUGUAGCGUGUGGAGUGAUUAAAGAUUCAGUGAACUCAGAUUGAACAAUAUUGACAGAAGGACUUAUUCUGGUACUCAGAAGUGUAGUGCUUCCUCAAGUAUUACACUGAGCAGUAUGCAAAGAAGAGAUUUACGGCUUCUACAAUAAAUCAAAAUGAGUAAGAAUACAGUAGUGGUGCUAGAGCCGUGGCUGGCAGCCUGGGCACCCUCCAUGCCCCUGUUGCUCUUAUCCACCACAUAAUGACUAGCCGUGGUGCGUCAUGGCGCCGUCUACCAGGGAUUCAACAUGGCGGUCGCCCUCCUCCCCCAGGGAGGUGGCCUCGUCGGUGGUGGCCUCUGUCCAGUAUGUGACGUCAUCGGUCAGGCUUCUCCUGGUUGGAUGUUUCCAAUGUGGGUCCCUCAAACCUGGCUGCUGGAGACGUCAGGAGGAGCAAGACGGCGCCUGGUUCGACUGUGAAAAGCUGCAGGUGGAGCACCCCUUCUGCUACGUCAAUCCCGUGGCACUGUCUGAGGGCGCCCCGAACACAGCCACACAGCAGCCCCCCUUACUCCAGCAGCCCAAGCCUCACACACAGCCACAGCCCAAACACCUUCCACGUCUUAAGACCAGCCAGCAGCCUAAACCUACACUUAACGGGGUGUCCCACACCAUCCUUCAGCAUGGCUCCCCCACCAACAACACGACUGACAUGUCUCACAAAACACAUGGGAAGCCGCUGGUUAACGGGGUGAUGGGCACCGAGGGCGGGGCGGUCAUCUAUAAGAAUGGGCAAGUAAGAAGCCAUCUUGUGGGGUCCUUCGCCGCCAAACUAGAAGCUGACCUGAAGAAGCUAGAGUGUGACCGUCAGAGAGCUGAGGGCAAGGCGCUCACAUCACCUGAAGAAACUGUUGUUCUAGAGGAUGUUGAUUCACUUCCUAAAUAUUUAUGUACGGAAAGUCAGAACGACGAAGAUUUCUUCACGGACGAGACGACGGACUAUUAUGGGAACUUCGUCGACGAGAAGCGACUGGAAGACGAGGUGUGGAAACCAUCUGAGCUGGAGGACGUCUUCGAGUGCUACAACAUGGCCGCCUUUUAUUCCUACGGGGCCACUAUGCCAGUAAAUGAGAAGUUUACAUGCAAAAAUAGAGGAGAAAAGUAUGAAGAAGUAUUCCCCGUCACCUUCCAUAACAACAACAACACCAUCAAAGUGUACAGACCAGCGAGUGAAAGUGAAAGUCCACUGUCGUUGACCUCCAAAGACCAAGUUAUCAAAGAAAACUCACUUGACAGUUGUGGUAUUGAGAGAAAACGAGAAAUUUUAGAGCCCCAACUCAAGGAAUUGAUACAAUCCUGUGUUUUUGUGAAUAAUGUGGAUGAGGUGAGCGUUCCUUGUCCUGAGGGUACAUGUACUAAUGCCGUCUGUGAUGAUAGUAUAUAUUAUGGUGGUAGAAGCUUUAAUAAGUUACUAAUGUUUAAUCUAGUCAGAUCCAUAAUGUCUGAAUGUAAUGAACAUUAUUCUCACGCGAUGUCGUUGUGUGUGAAUUAUCCAGUUCAUUUAGUACAAAGUAGAGUUCUCGGUGUUUUACAAAUGAAAGAAGACAACAGCCAACUCACCCCAUCUGGCCUACAAGUGUUUAGAAACAGUUCUCUCCUCAACGCUGAUGACAACGAGUCUUACCAACACCAACAGUUGACUGAGCGACUCGUACAGAAUGUGGUGGUGGCGGAGGUGAGGGCGGACGAUAAACUUUGGCAUAAAUUUGGUCAGGAAGAGUUAGAAAUAAAAGAGGCUUUAUCCACCGAGCUUUUUGAUAAUCUUAUAAGUGAAACUACGAGUUUGUAUAGUUCUCUACUGAGAAAAAAGUUGAUGCAGUGAAGUAGGUGACGUGAAAUUACAAAUGAGAAGGCCAUAACGUGGACUUCACCUGAUGCCAUUUUUCUCAGCUUAUAACUAACCAGAAACACAAAUUCAAAAUACUGUGUAGUAAUUCCAAAUUUAGGUGCACUGAAAAUGACUGAACCCAGAUUAGUAGAAUACAUGUAGUUGCCUAAUAUUUAGGCAAUAUAUUAACUUAUUUAUCUUUAUUACCGUUGUGACGGGGCGAGAAGCCAGUGGCUUGCUUAAUCCCCCCAUUGUUUGUCCUCCAAUGCCCAGUGUUAGUGUAGAAACUAUUCUUCAUGUUGAUGUUGAUAUCUUUGUCUGAAUUAUGAGUUUUAUAUUGACAAACACGCAAAAUGUGUAGGACCAUGUCUUUCAGAAAUUAUAUACAAAUUAAUGUGAGGUUUUGUAGACCAUAUAAAUAUUAGACUCGGUGAAACACUUAUAUUUGGCAAUAGAUCUUGUGAGAAACAUUAAUUAUAAAUGACAAUUUUGGACAAUAAUUAAAAAAAAUUGAAUAUAAAUUGUUCAGUAUAGAUAUACUGUACUGCACUAUAUAAAUACCCUGACAUUUGUGAUUAUAAUUCACAACGAAAUUUGUCAAAAUUCUUUGAUCACAAUUCAUGUAACUUAUUUUAUAUUACCAAUAUCAAACAAAUUGUCUGUUUUGGCAAAUUAUUGAGACAAGCCCACGAGUGGUGUCCUGUAAUAUACUGUACUGUAUGUAUAUAUAGCAGGUUGUAUGUGUGUGGCUAUACAGAUGUUAUUCAAGAUAUUUCAUAGUUUUCUUUAAAGCUAAGACAUUAUAAUUAUGAUAUGUUUAUGUAAAAAAAAAUACUUAUGACCAUUUUGGGAACGUAAGGCUUUUAGUGUACUAGAUAUAUUAAUGGUGGAAAUGUUUUAAUCUAUUAAACUAAAUUUUCGCUUCAGCUCAGUAAGUAGUAAGACAUAAUUAGACGGCAGUUUACUGCACAUAAUUUGCGUUCAAGAAUAUACACUUUACCAGUCAGAGGAAAAAAUAUGGAUUACGUUCGGGAGGUUUUACUUUGUAGGGGAGAGGAUCCACUACAAGUAUUUUGGUGGAUCCUCUCCCCUGCAACUUAAUGUCACUGCCGAGAUAUGUGAUUACACUCUGUACUGUAGAGUUAAAUGUAAAAUUAUCAAAGCUAUUACCACCAAAGUUAUCACUUCACUCUGCCCAUUACCUGCCAAUCCUGGUGUAUAUAAUCACUUCGUCCACAUAGCAACAAGACUGUCAGUGAGGAAACAGUAUUACGUCUUACUGCCGUGUAAACCUUUGACACGUAAUUCGUAUAUUGUGACCGUAAAUUAUGUGUUCUAUACUUUUAUAUACUGUAUAUUUAAGCUAACUAAUUUGUGCAAUUAUAAUGUAUUAAUAUAUACAUAAUAUAAUGUUUAUAUCAAGUAAGACGUGUUGAUGCCAUUCUAGUCUUCCUGAACACUGUGUAGCCUCGUUAAAAUUAUGUAGUGUAUAGUGAACCUUUAUAAUCUUGAUCCUCAAACAAGAACUAAAAAAAUUACUGAGUUAUAUGAAAAAGUUACAAAGUUGACCCUCGGUUAUCUGACCGUCGUACACGGUAAAUGAUGAAACCUCCGGGAAGCGCCUCGUCCCCCGCCGAGGCAGUAUUGAACGGAAAUAAGUUAGUACGCACUUCCAAUACUUACCUCAACUGUUUUCAGCAAUAUAGUUGUACUAGUUGAUACCCUCUGAUAAAUGGUGGAGCGUAUAUAUCUAUAUAAAAUAAACAAGGCCAAGGUGAUUAUGUAGUGGCAUAGCUGUUAACUGUGAUCAGCUGGUUUGGUAAUUUCAUCAUCCUGGGAAGAAAUUGUGAGACCGUAAUAAAUUAAAUUUAAUGUGGAAGUUAUUUUUUGUACGAAUCUGUUGUUGAAGUUGUGAAGAGGAUUGUGUAGCAUGGUAAUGAUGUAGCACUUUAGUAUAUAUUAGUAUACGUAAAACUAGAAGUCAUAAUUGUGACUUGAUUACGAUUAACUUCAGUUUACAAUAGUUGAACGUUAGUUAGUGGAGAGGAGUACCUGAAAAAGUGUUGCUACAUUCACAUAAAAAUAUUAAGUUAGCUGACAAGUGACCAAGAUGAUAAAAUAAUAUUGAUAAUGCAAAAAAUUCUGCUGGGUUGCCACCUAAACAAGGGUGCUGGUGGUGAAUCAUAUUAUUGUCCUGGUGAUCAAGAGGAAACAGUUAACUGGGCGGCACCUAACUUGCCUUAAACUUAUGUCACAAAGUUAAUAUCUGUGAUCAUGUCAUUAUAGCUUUACAUAUUUAUUGUUAAUGUCUUUACAUAGUGCAAAGUGAAUAAACUGAUACUGUAA